AUGCGGACUUGGACUGGGUGCUUGACAUGUCGAUCUCGAAAGAUCAAGUGCGAUGAGAGGCGGCCCAAAUGCAGGAAUUGCGAAAAGAACCGAGUCCAGUGUAUUCCCAGUGACCUUUUCUCCUUCAAGCAUUGGCGCAAUCCGUUAGUUAGCAAGAACGCAAAAAGCGCAGGCUCGGGAACAUUUGAAUUGGACCAUAUCUGGGUGGAUGUAAUUCCGUCGUAUAGAUUUGUGGACGAGACAAGCACAAUCGCUGGCGAAUACCAGGAUGUUUUUGGCGAGACCAGUGGAAUCACUGGUGAAUACCAAAAUACCGUCUACGGAAGCAGGAAUUGGGGUCCAGGAGAGAGUGAUGGAGCUGAAGUGCACCACCGAAACUAUUACGACCCUGUCCAUAGCGCCGAGGGCGAGAAAAUUGCUGCAACGCCCAUUCAAGCCGGGUUGAAACCACAAGCGCCAGCGUCAUCGGUAACUGACUGGAACUUCAGCGUAGUGGAUACACGGGAGGUCUCGACAUCAUCAAGUGAUCAGAUAACUUCUUCAUCGAGAGACUAUCCCGUCUCAUUCAACCCUGAAAAUGUCGAUGUUGACAGCCAGGUCCAUUUGCCUCAACCUUCUGCCGCCCUCGGUGAUACGCUGGCUAGCCUACCCGCGAACACUCCUAAUUCACUGGAAACGAGCAGUCAAAGAACAGAUGCGGCCGGCGAGGCUUUACUUUCAAUGAGAAAUCACGACAUGAAUACUCAGAUAACAGGGUCCCUAUCCAAUAAUUCGUAUCCGUCAAUGGAGCGUUCACCAAGCGACUGGGGCCUCAAUAGCGUUAUAUCGCCGACAGUAGGGGUUUUAGCACCAACGGCGAAGACUUCUCCGGGACGGCUUACUUCAAAGGGGGAAGCAGACUUGCUUCGCCAAUUUAGCGCUGAAGUAGGAACCUGGAUGGACCUCUCCGACUUGUCCGAAACAUUCUCCAAGAAAGUUUGUCGACUAGCCGUGCACGACCCAUUACUCAAGGCAGCAAGUAUUGCGUGUGCUGCUAAACAACAGUAUCUAGUUGGAAAGCUAGAGGACGGUAUGCAGGUUGCACGAAAAAAUUACGACACCGCCAUCUCUCUUCUUAUCAACCAGCUCUGGGACUUAGGCGAGCAAGUUGCGGGAUAUGGUUUUGCAGCCAUUGUGAUCUGCUCAUGCUAUGAGAUGCUAGACGCUCCCACAGCCAACUGGCAGAGACAUCUAGACGGCGUUUUCUCUUUCGGCAGGGUACAAAGCGUAAACGGAUCGUCUGGGGGCAUUUCACAAGCUGCCUUCUGGUCGAUCGCACGACAAGAAGUAGUGUGUGCUAUUAUCAACAGGUCCAAAUUGAGGCUGGAUCCGGACUUUUGGGUCAUUGACCUCGAAAAUAUCGGGCAGGAAGGCAGCGAAGAUUUAGUGAACAACCAGGUUCUCACCAUUCUCGCCAAAGUAGUGAAUUAUAUGGCUUUAUCAGAAACAUACACCCUCACGAGAAAGAUUGAGGAAUGGCAUAAUCUUCAUCACCUACUCGAACAUUGGAAUGGCUCUGUAAAAGAUAAGGGCUUCAUGGAUCCCGUCUCAGUCAUCGAUGAGGAAGGUAGGGGUUUUCAAACAAUUUGGUUUGCGAGGAGUGUUUGUGCGUCCUCCUGGCAAAUGUUCCAUCUUGCUCAAAUACUCCUCUUGACUAUCAGUCCUUUGCAAGACUCCAAUUGUCUCCUUGCUCUUCGCAAAAUACAGGUCGGUGGAAUGAUAUACAUUACAACUCCAGCUUAG